UCUAGAAUGAACUAGCCGCCGAAUGAACACUUGUUGACAGAACCCAUCAUAAAUUGUUUAUAAUUGCGAUAAACCAGCCGGGUAUUGCGUGGAUUGAAUGAGAAGAUGGUGUUCAAGUGCCAGGAGGACAGUUUCCUGAAGCAGUUCAAGACGAAAAUCAUUAGCAGCGAGUUUGCUACCUUGGAUUGGACAGAUACCAAUGGAAAAGUCGAGAAACUAAAGGGUUUUAAUGUGAUCUGCGAGGAUACGAUACUAUUUCCCGAGGGCGGUGGCCAGCCUUGCGAUUACGGAACUCUUGGAGGAUUUCCCGUUAAGAAUGUUCAGCGAAAGGGCACUACGGCUGUUCACUUUGUGGAGUCCCCGACGAGUUUUGAGCAGGACGCGGAGGUGCUUUUAACACUCGACUAUCAGCGGAGACUGGAUCACAUGCAGCAACACUCGGGACAGCAUCUAAUAACCGCCUUAUUUGACAGGGAGUUCAAAUACGACACCACAUCAUGGUCACUGGGAUCGAGUGUCUCUUACAUCCAAUUGAGUACGCCUCACUUGAUAAGUCGCGAAUCGCUGGACCUUAUCGAACGGCAGGCCAACAAUCUGAUACGUGAGGGUCGUGAGGUUACGGUGGUCUUGGUGGAUCCGGAAGUGGCACAAGAGUUCCAGGAUGCCAGGGCACCCAGGGGACUGCCUAAGGAUCACGAGGGCUUGGCCAGGGUUGUGCGAAUCGAAGGCAUCGAAAGCAACAUGUGCUGCGGCACCCACGUCUCGAAUCUCUCCCAACUGCAGUGCAUCAAGCUGCUUUACGCCGAGAAGGUUAAGAGCAAUGUCCUAGUUCAUUUCGUCGUGGGCGAGAGGGUACUCGGAAAGCUAGGCGAGGUCUUCCAGCGCGAGCAGCAGCUAACCCAGGCACUCAAAGGUGGCCCUGGACAGCACUUGGAACUCGUUCAAAAGCUGCAGCAGAAUGUGAAGGGCAGUCGGAAGUAUUUUUCGCAGCUGCUGAAGGACUUUGCGACCGCAGAGGCAGAACGACUGGAGGAUCUGCCGAAGAAAGAGCGUCCGAAGUACUUCUCCCUUCAUCGACGCGAUGGCAUCGAGGUGGACUUUAUUAACACAUUCUUGCGAUUGGCUCCCGAUGGUAUCUUUUACUUUCUGACCGUUUCCGAGGGCGUUUCCGCAGGCGGUAAUGCCAAGGGACAUUUGGUACUACGCGGAGAUCCAAAUAUCGUCGAGAAACUCGGUCCCCAGUUUGUAGAACUCCUUGAAGGAAAGGGAAACGGUAAGGAGGGCAGUUUCCAAGGCAAGAUUAACAACCUGGCGAGACUGGACGAUUGCCAGGAGUUGCUGGAGAUGCAGUUUAAGCCAAAGAAGAUCAUAGAAGCAGUUGCUCCACCUCCAAAUCCAGUCGCCCCGUUGGAAAGUGAGGAAUAAAGCAAUUAGGUAGUGGACCCUGCAAUAUACAAUAUUUGUAUGCUUUUCGAAAUGAGAUUCGAAAAUAAACGUUGCCUAUUUUUAAAGCA